CCCACCCUUCUUCCUCCCAAAUCCUCUCUAUCUCCGGUCACCGGCUCCGGCAGCCCGCUCGGCGCUCGGGGAUGAGAAGCAGCCGCGCGAGGGAGAAACUCCCAAUCCUCCCCCACCCAAACCGAUGGCCCUCAACGACGCGAGCGCCGGCCGCAAUCUCCCGCCGCCCACCUCCCCCGCGUGCCUCCCGCCGCGCGGAAGGCGCAGGCAAGGAGGAGGCACCCGCACGGCGGGAUAGGGGGCCCGGCCGAGGUGGCACCAGGGCAGAUGCAAUGUGAGGAGCAGCGUCUUGAGCCCCGGCCGGCCGGACAUCGGCAUCCCCAACCCCAGCGGUGGCUACCUAGGUGACACUGUAAUUUGUGCUCGCCCUGUUACUGUUAGGAUGCUGGGAGAUGGUGCACACAAUUCCUUGGCAGCGUUAUGGAUUUGAGAUGAAGAAGAAGGGGGAGAGGUGAUGCUGGCAAUUCCUAACGCCUACAAUUCAAUCAUCUGGUAUUAUCAUGUGGAGAGGAGUAUGUUUGGAACAUUUCAUUUUGGCAGCCAUCUCUUUUGAAUCUAUCAGCUGGUUCGUGUGGAGGAAGUUCGAUGAUGGGGAUAGCUGGAUACUGACUGCAAAAUGUUGUGGACUAAUAAUUGAUUUUCCCGCAGCACGAUGGAUGGAGAAGUCUCCGGCUUGCCCCGUUUCUUCUCCUUGAUGACUGAAUUGGCACUUCUCUGGCUUGGGCUUUACAGUAGGAUACUUCCUGAACCACAGAGCCAACUGUAUGCAAAUAUUUAUUCUGUGUUACUUGAUGGUGGCAAAGAAAUAAUGGUAACUGAUGCUCCCCUUUUCUACUAUUCAUCCCAGUCAAUAUUUCCAUGAUUGUGUGGAUUUUGGGUUGCAGAAGCUGUUGGUUGUAUAGCAAGCACAUAUUUUCUUCAUCCACAUAAACCUCUCACAAGUUCCUUUUAUGCUCAGGCCUUUUUCAGUCAUAAAUAAGUGGCACUGAAGUCAAGAAGAAGUUUCAACUCCCCUGUUCCUCUAACAUAUGUCUGAGCACACACACACACACACACACACACACACACACACACACACACACACACACACACAAAAUAUUUAACAAACACACUCCGUUAGAAGCUGUAGGUUGUAUAGCAAGCAGAGAAUAGUAUUUGUACUUCUAUAGAGACUGGUUUAUGCACACGUUUUCUCACAAGUUCCUUUCUGCUCAGGCUAUUUUUCAAUCAUCCGGCGGCGUGAGCUACUACCAAGCUAACCAAGACGAUGCUGAAGUCAAAGUAUAGAAGUUUCAACUCCCCUACCCUUACUUCCACAUAUAUCUAAGCACACACACACACACACACACACAAAUAUUUUAAUAAGCACACUCCAUUAGGACAAGAAGAGAGACAUGGCUCCUCAAGUUUUUCGCACCCAAUCUCUGAUUCCUCCGUCCCACCAUGCACUCUUCCUUCUUUCCACCAUCCUCAUAUUUCUGUCCUCCAACACUAUCAUAUUCUCAUCGGCACAGGCUACCAACAAAACUGAAGAUGACCGGCAAGCCCUUCUCUGCUUCAAAGCUGGCAUCUCCAAGGACCCCGCCGGUGUUCUUGGAUCAUGGCGCAAUGACUCGCUUAACUUCUGCAGCUGGCGAGGGGUCAACUGCAGCACCACCCUCCCGAUCCGUGUCGUGUCCCUCCAAUUGAGGUCCGCGCAGCUCACAGGAACACUAUCCAGUUGUACAGCUGCCCUUACUUCUCUAUUUCAGUUGAACCUUUGGAAUAAUAAGUUAUCUGGAAGCGUACCUGAAGAGAUAGGUGAGCUUCGAAGCCUCCAAACCCUGAUGCUUGCUGGCAACAGGCUUUCAGGUAACAUCCCUCUGUCACUAGGUACAGCUGCAUCUCUUACAUAUGUCAACCUUGCAAACAAUUCUCUUAGCGGAGCUAUCCCUGAUUCCUUAGCAAAUAGUUCAUCACUCAGUGAGAUAAUCUUCUCACGUAAUGACUUAUCUGGGUUGAUCCCAGCUAAUCUGUUCAGCGCAUCCAAACUUGUUGCUGUUGACCUCCGGUCGAAUGCUCUCUCCGGGCCUAUCCCACAUUUCCAAAAGAUGGAUGCUCUGCAAUUUCUCGAUCUUACAGGGAAUUUGUUUUCUGGUACUAUACCAGCAUCUUUAGGAAAUGUUUCAUCCUUGCAUUCACUCCUGCUAGCACAAAACAACUUGACAGGAUCAGUUCCGGCAACUUUGGGUCAAAUUCCAAACCUAAACAGGGUAGAUCUAAGUAAUAAUAUGUUCUCGGGAUAUGUCCCAGCCACACUGUACAAUGCGUCAUCAGUCACACUCUUUAGCUUAGGCACCAACAAUUUUAUUGGACACAUACCUUCUGAAAUUGGCCACUCACUUCCAAAUCUUCAAACAUUGGUAAUGGGAGGCAACGGAUUUCGUGGACCAAUCCCAGAUUCUCUGACCAACAUGUCAAAGCUCCAAGUGCUUGAUCUUUCAAGCAACUUGCUGACUGGCGUGGUGCCAUCCCUAGGAUCCUUGGCAGACAUGAGUCAACUGCUUUUACGUAAUAAUAAACUCGAAGCUGGCGACUGGGCCUUCCUUACCUCUCUGACCAAUUGCACUCAGUUGUUAAUAUUAUCAAUGGAUGGAAAUAUCCUGAAUGGAAGUUUGCCAAAAGCAGUAGGCAAACUUUCAACAAAGCUUCAGCGGUUAAGCGUUGGAAGAAACCAAAUUUCUGGAGACAUACCAGCUGAGAUAGGCAAGCUUGUAAAUCUCGCUCUGCUUGACAUGGGCCAGAACAUGCUCUCAGGACAAAUUCCCAUGACAGUUUGGAACUUAAGCAACUUAAUUGUCCUAAAACUUUCCAUGAAUAGGUUGUCAGGUCAGAUUCCAUCAACAGUUGGUAAUCUUGUUCAACUCAACCAGCUUGAUCUUGAUGGCAAUGAAUUAUCUGGAAACAUACCAGCAAAUAUAGGACAGUGCAAAAGGCUUGCUAUGCUGAACAUGUCAGUUAACCGCCUUGAUGGAUCCAUACCAAUAGAACUCUUUGGUAUUUCUUCCCUUUCGUUGGGUUUGGACUUGUCAAACAACCACCUGACUGGGCCUAUACCACAGGAAGUUGCUAACCUGAUCAAUCUUGGCCUCCUAAAUGUUUCCAAUAACAAAUUAUCUGGUGGCCUUCCUUAUGAACUUGGCCAGUGUGUUCAACUGCUAUCCCUUCAAAUAGAACGCAACAUGAUCAGCGGGUAUAUUCCUCAGUCUUUCAGUGCACUGAAGGUCAUACAGCAGAUAGAUCUGUCCGAGAACAAUUUAAUUGGUCAAAUUCCACAGUAUUUUGGGAACUUCAGCAGCUUAAAUUAUAUUAAUAUGUCAUACAACAAAUUGGAAGGGCCAAUCCCGACUGGUGGCAUAUUUGGAAAUUCAACUGCAGUAUUCCUGCAAGGCAACACAGGGUUAUGUGCAGCUGUUGCCAUAUUUGGACUGCCCAUUUGCCCCACCACCCCAGCAACAAAAAAGAAGAUAAAUGCACGCCUGCUGCUGAUAAUAACUGCAUUGAUUACUAUUGCUUUGUUCUCUACUAUAUGUGUUGUUGUCACUGUUAUGAAGAGGACCAAAACUCAACCAUCUGAAAACUUCAAGGAAACAAUGAAGAGGGUGUCAUAUGGGAACAUCCUUAAAGCCACCAAUUGGUUCUCUCUAGUCAACCGGAUAAGCUCAAGUCAUACAGCAUCAGUCUACAUUGGUCGAUUUGAGUUCGAGACAGAUCUCGUGGCCAUCAAGGUGUUCCAUCUCAGUGAGCAGGGUUCGAGAACUAGCUUUUUCACCGAGUGCGAAGUUCUGAAAAACACCCGCCACCGCAAUCUGGUUCAAGCUAUCACUGUGUGCUCAACCGUAGAUUUCGAGGGAGAUGAAUUCAAGGCUAUAGUAUAUGAGUUCAUGGCAAACGGUAGCCUGGACAUGUGGAUACACCCAAGGGUUGGCAGCUCAAGGAGGCUGUUGAGCUUGGGCCAGCGGAUAAGUAUUGCGGCUGAUGUAGCUUCUGCUCUGGACUAUAUGCACAACCAGCUGACACCUCCUUUGAUUCACUGUGAUCUGAAACCGAGCAAUGUUCUGCUUGACUACGACAUGACCUCACGCAUUGGCGAUUUUGGGUCCGCCAAGUUUCUCUGUUCAAGUAUCGGCAGACCAGAAGGCUUGAUUGGUGUAGGAGGAACAAUCGGAUAUAUCGCUCCUGAAUACGGGAUGGGAUGCAAAGUCUCGACAGGUGGCGACGUGUACGGCUUCGGCGUGCUGCUACUGGCGAUGCUCACGGCGAUGCGACCUACGGAUGCACAAUGCAGCAACGCCCUCAGCCUCCACAAGUAUGUCGAUCGAGCCUUCCCCGAGAGGAUCGCUGAGAUUGUAGAUCCCCAUAUGCCAUCCGAGGAGGACGAGGCGGCUGCUUCUCUGCGUAUGCAAAACUACAUUAUACCUUUGGUCAGUAUUGGCCUGAUGUGUACCAUGGAUUCGCCGCAAGAUAGACCAGGUAUGCAUGAUGUCUGUGCCAAAAUUGUUGCCAUGAAAGAGGCAUUUGUCGAGACCUUGUGAUUACGACAACUAGUGGGUCGAGCAGUGAGAUGUUAAAGGUCAUGUAUAUACAUUCAGAAGAACAGUACGGUUACUACACUACUGUAAUGCUAUAGGAGUGAGGCUCAGAAUUGGAUAUACUUAUUACAGUAGCUGUAUCACUUGUAGAAUAAUUCCAACAUUUUUUGUAUGUAUCUGGUAAAUAUGAACCAUUAUGCUAUGUGCCCGCUAAAAUAACCAGGGUAAAUAUUUCU